CUCGUCUUUAUCGGAGGAGCCGGGGUCGGCGGUACUGCUGUGGUUUCGGAGAAGGGACAGGUAUAGGGACAGAUAUAAGGACAGGUGUAGGGUUUCCAGGUGAAACUAGAGCCGGAGUUUCGUCCUUGUUUGGGAUUGAAGGAGGGGCCGUCCGACCGGUCUGACCUGCUGGGGAAGAGGAUAAAGAAUCGGCCGAGGAAGCGAUUAUUAUUAUUAUUAAGUCGGACAGUCGCAAGACUUUGGGUUCCGUCUGUUGGAGGAUGAAGUUCGUGUCGGUGCUGAGAUUGGGGGCAGCGCUAAUGUGUCUCGUCCUGGUGACACGAGCCCAGAAUCCAGGAUGCAAAUGUAAAACACACUACCUGGGGAAAUGUGAUAACAGCGGCGCAUCUUCUGAUUGCCAGUGUGCCCUCUCCAUUGGGCCAGCAACUCAGGCUGUGGACUGCACCAAAUUAAUUCCAAAAUGUUGGCUGAUGAAGAGAGAGAGCCUUGGGACUAAGGCAGGUCGCAGAGUUAAACCAGUCCAGGCGCUUAUUGAUAACGAUGGACUGUACGAUCCAGAGUGUGAGACUAAUGGGGUGUUUAAGGCCCGGCAGUGCAACAAUACAGACACCUGCUGGUGCGUCAAUACCGCUGGGGUCAGAAGGACUGACAAAGGGGACAAAAACUGGAAGUGCCCAGAGCUGGUCAGAACAAACUGGGUGAUUGUCGAAAUGAAACGCAAUAACUCUGACUCCGUCAAUGAUGACGUCUUGAUACAAGCACUUAAAACCACAAUAUUGAACCGAUAUGGAUUGCCUGAAAAGUAUGUUUCUGUUGAGCUUGAGGGGUCUUCUUUCAUCUACAUCGACUUAAAGCAAAACGGCACCCAGAAACUUCCGGGAGAGGUUGACAUUAUAGACGUUGGAUAUUACAUGGAAAAAGAUAUUAAAGGAGAUCCCCUGUUUCAUCCAGAUGAGAAAUUUGAAAUUCUUGUAAAUGGAAAGAACUUUGGCGUGAAGGAACCUGUUAUCUACUACGUUGAUGAGAAGCCACAUGAGAUCACCAUGAAACAUCUCACCCCUGGGGUCAUUGCAGUCAUUGUCGUUGUGGUGUUGGCUGUUGUCGCUCUAAUCGCUGUGUUGAUUUUUACAAGACGAAAGAAGGGAAAGUACCAGAAGGCUGAGAUGAAGGAGCUGAAUGAAAUGCAGAAAGAAGUGAGCACAUAAAGCUUUAUGGAAGAACCUGACUAAAGAAGUGGAAUGCGCUAGACACAACAGGCAGCAGUCGAUUGAAUCCAAAAUACUUGUGAAAAAGGGGUUCUCUUUCUAGCGUGGGAAUAAGCCUUUUUUAACAUUUUUGUGAAGAUAUUUAUAGUGGACGUUCCAUCAGCAUUUUUUUCCCUUGUAGAUUACCUCUAAUGAUGUAUUGGAAUUGGUACUGGUUUUUCUUAAAGACCUGUUUGAGAGAUGGGCUGUCUAGCACUCCAUCAGAAGGUCAUUAUGGGUACAGGCCAUGUUUGUUUUUACACUGUCUGGGACUGUCUCUGCCUUAAAACUUUGUACAAAAAAAAAAGUAUCUGUAAUCUGUCUGUAGAACAUAAGGCGUUUUUAAAUGAUAUUUUGUACAUAUUCUUGAAAUGUGCCUGAAUUAUGUAUUUUUUUUUUUUGGUAUUUUGUUACUGUUGGAUUUAAUAAACGUUUUAAAGAGA